GCCGCCGCCUGUGCAGCCGCUGCCGCCGCCGCCGCCGCCGCCGCCGCCGCCGCCGCCGCUGCCGCCCCGGCUGCCGCGCCGCGCCGCUGCCUCUGCCCCGGCCGCCCCCGCCGCCGCCGCCGCCGCCGGCCCGCAGCCAGCCAGGCGGGCGGCCCAGCCCGCCUGAGCCCGCAGCGGCUGCCGCCGCAGCGUCAGGUCGCUGGGUGCGCGGGCUACCGCGGACCGAGCGGACCCGAGUGGGCGACCAGGCGCUUGCCCGCCCAGUGCCACUGCCGCCGCUGCCUCUCCGGAGCACGGGACCAGACACCUCCAGCGCCCGCCGCUGCUGCCGAUGCGGCCCGGACACUUUUAGCUGGGCGGGAGGGCUGGAGAGCCGGGCCGCCGAGAACCGCCAGCGAGCUGUGCCGAGAGCCGCGCCGACCCGCUGCGAUCAGGGACAGGCGCCCGCCCGCCGCCGCCGCCCGGCCGCUAUGGAUCUAUUCGACUUUUUCAGAGACUGGGACUUGGAGCAGCAGUGUCACUAUGAACAAGACCGUAGUGCACUUAAAAAAAGGGAAUGGGAGCGGAGGAAUCAAGAAGUCCAGCAAGAAGACGAUCUCUUUUCUUCAGGCUUUGAUCUUUUUGGGGAGCCAUACAAGGUAGCUGAAUAUACAAACAAAGGUGAUGCACUUGCCAACCGAGUCCAGAACACGCUUGGAAACUAUGAUGAAAUGAAGGAUUUGCUAACUAACCAUUCUAAUCAGAAUCACCUAGUGGGAAUUCCAAAGAAUUCUGUGCCCCAGAAUCCCAACAACAAAAAUGAACCAAGCUUUUUUCCAGAACAAAAGAACAGAAUAAUUCCACCUCACCAGGAUAAUACCCAUUCUUCAGCACCAAUGCCUCCACCUUCUGUUGUGAUACUGAAUUCAACUCUAAUACACAGCAACAGAAAAUCAAAACCUGAGUGGUCACGUGAUAGUCAUAACCCUAGCACUGUACUGGCAAGCCAGGCCAGUGGUCAGCCAAACAAGAUGCAGACUUUGACACAGGACCAGUCUCAAGCCAAACUGGAAGACUUCUUUGUCUACCCAGCUGAACAGCCCCAGAUUGGAGAAGUUGAAGAGUCAAACCCAUCUGCAAAGGAAGACAGUAACCCUAAUUCUAGUGGAGAAGAUGCUUUCAAAGAAAUCUUUCAAUCCAAUUCACCAGAAGAAUCUGAAUUCGCCGUGCAAGCGCCUGGGUCUCCCCUAGUGGCUUCCUCUUUAUUAGCUCCUAGCAGUGGCCUUUCAGUUCAAAACUUCCCACCAGGGCUUUACUGCAAAACAAGCAUGGGGCAGCAAAAGCCAACUGCAUACGUCAGACCCAUGGAUGGCCAGGACCAGGCACCGGACAUCUCACCAACACUGAAACCUUCAAUUGAAUUUGAGAACAGCUUUGGGAAUCUGUCAUUUGGAACACUCUUGGAUGGAAAACCCAGUGCAGCCAGUUCAAAGACUAAACUGCCAAAGUUCACCAUCCUCCAAACAAGUGAAGUAAGCCUUCCCAGUGAUCCAAGCUGUGUUGAAGAAAUCUUGCGGGAGAUGACCCAUUCCUGGCCUACUCCUCUCACUUCCAUGCAUACUGCUGGACACUCUGAGCAGAGCACCUUUUCCAUCCCAGGACAGGAAUCGCAGCAUCUGACCCCAGGAUUCACCCUACAAAAGUGGAAUGACCCAACCACCAGAGCUUCUACAAAGUCAGUAUCUUUCAAAUCGAUGCUUGAGGAUGACCUGAAGCUGAGCAGUGAUGAAGAUGACCUUGAGCCUGUGAAGACCUUGACCACUCAGUGCACUGCCACUGAGCUCUACCAGGCUGUUGAAAAGGCAAAACCUAGGAAUAAUCCUGUGAACCCACCCUUGGCCACUCCCCAGCCCCCACCUGCAGUGCAAGCCAGCGGGGGUUCUGGCAGCUCCAGCGAAUCGGAGAGCAGCUCUGAGUCAGAUUCAGACACUGAAAGUAGCACCACUGACAGCGAAUCUAAUGAGGCACCUCGUGUGGCAACUCCAGAGCCUGAGCCACCCUCAACCAACAAGUGGCAACUGGAUAAAUGGCUUAACAAAGUGACAUCCCAGAACAAGUCUUUUAUUUGUGGCCAAAAUGAAACACCCAUGGAGACUAUUUCUCUGCCUCCUCCAAUCAUCCAACCAAUGGAAGUCCAGAUGAAAGUGAAGACAAAUGCCAGUCAGGUCCCAGCUGAACCCAAAGAAAGGCCUCUCCUCAGUCUCAUUAGGGAGAAAGCCCGUCCACGGCCCACUCAGAAAAUUCCAGAAACAAAGGCUUUGAAGCAUAAGUUGUCAACAACUAGUGAGACAGUGUCUCAAAGGACAAUUGGGAAAAAACAGCCCAAAAAAGUUGAGAAGAACACCAGCAUUGACGAGUUUACCUGGCCCAAACCAAAUAUUACCAGCAGCACUCCCAAAGAAAAAGAAAGUGUGGAGCUUCAUGACCCACCAAGAGGCCGCAACAAAGCCACUGCCCACAAACCAGCCCCUAGGAAAGAACCAAGACCUAACAUCCCUUUGGCUCCCGAGAAGAAGAAGUACAGAGGGCCUGGCAAGAUUGUGCCAAAGUCUCGGGAAUUCAUUGAAACAGAUUCAUCUACAUCUGACUCCAACACAGAUCAGGAAGAGACCCUACAAAUCAAAGUCCUGCCUCCGUGCAUUAUUUCUGGAGGUAAUACUGCCAAAUCCAAGGAAAUCUGUGGUGCCAGCCUGACCCUCAGCACCUUAAUGAGUAGCAGUGGCAGCAACAACACCUUAUCCAUCAGUAAUGAAGAGCCAACAUUUUCACCUAUUCCUGUCAUGCAAACUGAAAUGCUGUCCCCUCUGCGAGAUCAUGAGAACCUGAAAAACCUCUGGGUGAAGAUUGACCUUGACUUACUCUCUAGAGUACCUGGCCACAACUCACUCCAUGCAGCACCUGCCAAACCAGACCACAAGGAGACUGCCACAAAACCCAAGCGUCAGACAGCUGUCACAGCUGUGGAGAAACCAGCCCCUAAGGGCAAACGUAAGCACAAGCCAACAGAGGUUGCAGAGAAGAUCCCUGAGAAGAAGCAGCGCCUGGAGGAGGCCACAGCUAUCUGCUUGCUCCCCCCUUGCAUCUCACCAGCCCCACCCCACAAGCCUCCCAACACUAGAGAAAAUAAUUCAUCCAGGAGAGCAAAUAGAAGAAAGGAAGAAAAACUAUUUCCUCCUCCACUUUCCCCACUGCCAGAGGACCCUCCACGCCGCAGAAAUGCCAGUGGCAAUAAUGGUCCCUUUGGUCAAGACAAAAACAUCGCCAUGACUGGACAAAUCACAUCUACCAAACCUAAGAGAACUGAAGGCAAAUUCUGUGCUACUUUCAAAGGGAUAUCGGUAAAUGAGGGAGACACUCCAAAAAAGGCAUCCUCUGCCACCAUCACUGUCACCAAUACUGCUAUUGCCACUGCUACUGUCACUGCUACUGCCAUUGUCACCACCACUGUCACAGCUACUGCCACCGCCACGGCCACCACCACAACUACUACCACUACCAUUUCCACCAUCACCUCUACCAUCACUACUGGCCUCAUGGAUAGCAGUCACCUGGAGAUGACGUCCUGGGCGGCUCUGCCCCUUCUAUCCAGCAGCAGCACUAAUGUCCGGAGACCCAAGCUCACUUUUGAUGACUCGGUUCACAAUGCUGAUUAUUACAUGCAAGAAGCUAAGAAGCUGAAGCACAAAGCUGAUGCACUGUUCGAGAAAUUUGGCAAAGCUGUGAAUUAUGCUGAUGCCGCCCUCUCCUUCACUGAAUGUGGCAAUGCCAUGGAACGCGACCCUCUGGAAGCAAAGUCCCCAUACACCAUGUACUCUGAGACUGUGGAGCUCCUCAGGUAUGCAAUGAGGCUGAAGAACUUUGCAAGUCCCUUGGCUUCGGAUGGGGACAAAAAGCUAGCAGUACUAUGCUACCGAUGUUUAUCACUCCUCUAUUUGAGAAUGUUUAAGCUGAAGAAGGACCAUGCUAUGAAGUACUCCAGAUCACUGAUGGAAUAUUUUAAGCAAAAUGCUUCAAAAGUCGCACAGAUACCCUCUCCAUGGGUAGGCAAUGGAAAGAACACUCCAUCCCCAGUGUCUCUCAACAACGUCUCCCCCAUCAACGCAAUGGGGAACUGUAACAAUGGCCCAGUCACCAUUCCCCAGCGCAUUCACCACAUGGCUGCCAGCCACGUCAACAUCACUAGCAAUGUGUUACGGGGCUAUGAACACUGGGAUAUGGCCGACAAACUGACAAGAGAAAACAAAGAAUUCUUUGGUGAUCUGGACACGCUGAUGGGGCCUCUGACCCAGCACAGCAGCAUGACCAAUCUUGUCCGCUACGUUCGCCAAGGACUGUGUUGGCUGCGCAUCGAUGCCCACUUGUUGUAGCGGGUGUUCUCAGAUCUCUAGCAUCACGACCCAUCACUCUACCUCUACCAGCGCACUGAUGGUCACUGGUGGAACUCCACUCACUCACUGGGGAAAGUUCUCUUUGGUUAUGUUUGUUUUUAUGCUUCUUUUGUUAUCUGUAAAAAACAGAAGUCAUUGUAAGUUGACACUACAACUUAAGGGCAGUGUACGUUUUAUUACUUAGUCAUUUUUUCUUUUUAGCAUUUGAUAUGCAUUUCUCAGAUUCCACCAUCUUUUUGUGCUUUAUGGAAUGACAGUCCCUACAAUAUUGUUUUAAGCCCACACUACCCAAAACAAAGAAUGGGAAGCACUUGUGAUAAAGACAGGCUCCUGAGAAAUGCAACAAGUGGUCUUACAUAUACAUGAGAACUUAGACACAAGGGACCAUCCCCCAAACUCUACUCUUAUACCCAGAAAAGAACAUAUUUCAGAAUCUGUCAAACUUUUGUGUAUCCCACGGAUUCAAUCUUCAGGUGAGAAUUUUCAUUGUCAAAACCCACUGGUUAGAUGUUGUAGCAACAUCAUAAAAUCAAGAGUAUCAAGAAAAUAAAUGAGCAUAGCAAUGCUACUCUUAAAAAGAUGCUAUGCCACACAACCAGAGGACUUUCUUGUUAGCAUCCCUUUCCUGAUUCCCUAUUUUGUUAAUUUUAAUGAUGAUAAGAAGAAAGGGUGACAUUUAUGUUGACAAGUUUUAGGCAUCAGCUGGCAUCUGUGUUUUUCAACUCUAUUAUUUGAAGUGUAAAUCCUCACCUGGGGUUCUCUGUGUGCAAAGCUGUCCUUUUGAGGAACAGUUUGGUUGAUGCAUGCCUUAGUAGCCAAAAUGCUACACUCUAGACUUACAAGUGGGAGUUAAGAGAGGUCUGGAAAGUGUCCAACAAGGAAUUCACACCUCUGCCUCCUUUGCAACAACAACAUUUACACAGUUGGUAAGUGGGUCCAUAACUGGCAGGAUUUUUAAAUUGUAUUUUGCUCAAAUCUAUGGGAACAAAAGUCAAGUUAUCACUACCUAGAAGUAAUAAUAUACAGUUUUCUUCCUAGUGGCUUGAAAAUCUGGACUUCCUCAAUUAUUAUUCACAUUUUCUCUCUUAUAGGUUUUCUGUUUUCUACUUUCUUUUUUCUCUUAUCUGUGUUUCCUUUUCCUUUGUUUGGCUCAUUAACUUUUGACUGAAUUACAAUUACUCCUUUUAUUAAAGUCCAUAGUAUUGUGAAUCAUUUCCAUGACAAUUUCUAAGAAAACUCCAAACUCUCUAGAUAGUAGCUAACUUUUAUUUUUUUAAAAUGAGUCGUGGGGUAGUGCUUCACCUUGAGAUGCUUUGAAAGAGCCCUAAACAUUGGGAACCAUUCACCUAAUUUGGAGACAUUUCUCACUGGUUGUGACUACCCCCUUAUGAUCCUUUACAUUCAUUUUAUGUCCCUAAACCUCACAAUGUAAAUAUCAUUUUUGAUGUUCCAGCUCACCAGAAGAUUCUUACACUUGGGGUAAACACUAUCCAUGCAUUACUUACUGGUAAUUACCUGCCGGUAUAUAAUUCCAUGUAGCCUUUAAUAUGCUGGGUUAUCAAAUUCUGUUCACUGAGUUAUGACCAGAUAAAUAAUAGAUAUGCACAUGAAAGAUGCAAACUUGUGUGAUUAUUAAAGCAAGCCAUGCAGGUCCAUGAUAGAAACAGCAGGUGAUGACUCUGCACUCUCAUUGUCAAGGUUAGAUAUCUCCCCAGUUGCAAAACAGCCAGACUUGAGCUGUGCUCUGGUCAUCUUUGAGUUUAAGACCCUUUGUUGUAUAAGGCUGUGGAAGUUGUACUCCAAUGGCUGAAGCCAUGUUGUUAAUAUGGCUGAUGGGAGCAUCCCUGCAGCUGAAUCCAGCACUUUUUAUGCUCCCACUGUGGUUGAGCUUUAUGUUUACAGUCUCAGCAACAACACUUAUGCAUCCAUACACACACAAAUGAAACCUGAAAGAAUCUUUUCUGAGCCUCUUAAAAGAGGAAAAUGAUAACAUUAAAGACUCUGAACACCCAAGGUUGGUGUCACAUGUAAAAAUUAAGCUGAUGACUUUGCAGUGACUCAAGUUCUUUCUUUAUCAUGGUUUACCAGGUAGAGUGCCUGGCUAUUACUAUAUAAUGAAGCCCACUGGCUUGACUUGUAAGUUCAACCUAAACCACAAUCCUAGACCAUCAUGGAUUUAGGAGUAGAUUCUUCUUGAAAUCCCACAUCCAGAAACUAGACAUUAGAAUGUUGAGGCAGUUUCCCAGAGAAACAAGCAUAUUGCCUCAUGGAUGAAAGACUUGUAGUUCUAGUUUCAGUGACUUGUUAUAUCUACUUACAUACAACAGGGAGGCAAGAGGAUUCUCUGUCAUCUCUGGUGACUGAGUGUAAAAUAUGUGCCAAGUCUGCAGCACAGUGACCAAAUCUGACAAUCGAGCUCUGGAUCACCACUUGAUUAUGUAGUGGACUCAUUUAUAAAGCAGCUUAGGAACUAAUUAAACAUGGAGGAUGAAUUACCUUCCUAUCCCUUGAGAUAAGACAUCUUUCAGUUUCAUGAUUAAGAAUUGUUGCUGUUUUAUAGUUACUCUGUUCAUCACAGUGUAAAUGGUGAUGCGUGUCGUAGGUGUGCAGCUCUUUGAGGGACUAAGGGAUGGAGAUAUUCUGUCAAAUGAAUCUCUUCAGUAUACCAGUUUGUGGGAGGGAUAUGAGACAUGUGGAUGGCAGUGAGAGAUUGUGCCUCUAGAUCUUGAUGGAGGCUUGGUGAGACAUACUUAAAUAAGCACGUGGAGGUUAGAAUAGAGGGCAGAGUAAAAGGAAGCUCCAUCUGAGCAAGUAGACCAAAUGAUCUCAGCCCUGCAACUUGACCCAGGUAGGGCCACCACUACGCCUUCACUUGUCACCCAAGCUCCAACCACAGAGAGUUUGACAAGUUUGUGUUAUGAUGUUGGCUUGGCUUUGUAUUUUUAAUUAACUUUGGAUUUUUAGUGGUUUUGUCAUAUAACUGUCUGAGUUUGGUAGGUAGGAUUACUUUGAAAAGGGUUUACUAGUGUGGUCCUCCGGGUAGAAUUUAGCUGUAAGCAUGUUGUUAGCCAGCCUGUAGACUGUUAAUUACUUAAUAAUCUCAUUGGGAAAAUACUAGUAGUUUUAUAUUUGGAUGACAUAAUUGGAAAAGCAGAUUAGCUGCUACUACUUUUAAAAGACUUAAGGUCGGGAUGCCUUUUUUUCCAUGUAAGGAAAUGAAAAGAUCAAAAUCUUCAGGCAAUAAGCAAGUUGCAAAAUUAGAAACCAUUGGCUAAAAAUGUGUUUUGUUGAGUUUCCAAAUGGAUGAAUUUUCAUUUGGACAUUACAUCACUAAAUUCAUUAGAUUUUGUCUGCAUUGGAAAGAUACUCUUCUAGCAUAUCUUUCCCAAGGAUAUCUAAUUUGGAUUCUGUUUCAUGCAGAUUGGCAUCCUGGAGGUUGAAGUUGGAGUUUGAGGUUGGAAAAUAUUUUUGAAGGCAGAAUCAGUUGAGUUGUGAGGGUGAAGCCUCACAUACUUCUCAAUAGACAUGAUAAAAUUCACCUGCAUGAGUUGGCAGGUGGGAGAACCAAACUGGAUCACUGGGUAAGACUACUCAGUAAAGCAAUGAACUGCUUGCUUAGAGAAGCAUCACUAUCCCCAUUGAGAAAAAUGUGUGGCAAGAUGAUACAGCUACACAGUAUCAAAUGAAUGGGUCAAUUCAGCGCCCCCAAAUUUAAUUCUGUGGGGAAAAAUUAUUGAGCCAGUUGUCAGUGUUCUGUUACAUGACUGGCAGACUAAAUUCUUCAUCGUUGUUGUUAUUGUUGUUGUUGUUUCUCAUUUUCACUCGCACAGCCUUAUUCUCAUAAUUAAAAUCUAAUUCAUUUUCUCUUUAGUGUUAGUAGACUCCAACAACAGAAGUGGCAUCUGUGUAUUCAUAAUCAGCAUUUACCCUGGCAGGAGACUAAUCAGAUAGGCCGGUCUCAGACAUUAAUCCUACCAUCUGAUAUUUUUGGUGAAGGAAAAAGUAUUAAUUCUCUUUCCAUCCUCCUCCUCAGAAAUAUAGAAGCCCUCUUUACCAAAAUCAUCACAUUUUACUCUGUAACCUACCAGCUAAAAGAAAAUUGCAUUGUGGGGAAGGUGGAAAGGGGGUGGGGGGGGGGGGGGGUGGAGGGUGGGGAAGCCCCACAAAGCCAGAUUGCAGUUCUUGCCCCUUUUUGCGUCUGACAUGAGAUGUUAAAGAAUUAUUCAUAGUGCUCACAUUGGGUUAGGGGACACUGAACUGCUUUUUAGAUCCAUGAUCAGUCAUCAUUCUUCUAAGAGAUUGGAGCUUUGCUGUUUCAUUAACUGUGCAGUGUAGACUAAUGGUGUUUAAUAAAAAUCAUUCAAAAUUUCAAA